AUCGCAGGCAGGCUCUGUUGUUGUUAUUGUCUCCUCCUCCGAAAGAGAGAAAGAAUAAGAUCAUAUCGUAGAGACUAGAGAGAUAAAGAGCGAAAAAUGUCCGGUGCUGCGGCUAUUCAUGCGAGUUCAUGGGCGGCGGCUCUGGUGAGAAUCUCUCCGUACACUUUCUCCGCCAUCGGAAUCGCCAUCUCCAUCGGCGUCUCCGUUCUUGGUGCUGCCUGGGGAAUUUACAUAACCGGAAGUAGUUUGAUCGGUGCCGCCAUUGAAGCUCCUCGUAUCACUUCCAAGAAUCUCAUCAGUGUAAUUUUCUGUGAAGCCGUGGCUAUAUACGGCGUUAUUGUUGCUAUCAUACUGCAAACCAAGUUGGAGAGUGUGCCAUCAUCGAAGAUGUAUGACCCUGAGUCUCUUAGAGCUGGAUAUGCAAUCUUUGCUUCUGGAAUCAUUGUUGGAUUCGCAAACCUUGUAUGCGGGUUAUGUGUAGGAAUCAUUGGAAGCAGUUGUGCGUUGUCUGAUGCUCAGAACUCGACGCUCUUUGUUAAGAUUCUUGUGAUUGAGAUCUUUGGGAGUGCUCUCGGGUUAUUUGGAGUUAUCGUUGGGAUCAUUAUGUCAGCUCAAGCUACAUGGCCUACAAAAUAGGUAUUUUAUGGACCUGUACUCUGUACUUUUUAAUAUCUAUCUUUCAAAUCCUAGAAGAAUUACACAUCUUUGUUUAUCUUCUUGGCUGUUAUAUCACUUGUGUAGAAGAAAAUCAUGUUUCUCUUUGAAUCCCUAUUUUUGGUAUUGUUCAAACUUGGGAAUAAGUCACUUGGAGAAACCUCUUCAUGUUUGUAUUCUUUGGUUCUUUUGUGACAAAUGAUAUGAGUUUGUAUAUGUUUUCAUGUUAAGCAUUGAAGAAUGAAAUUAAACUCUUCAGGCUU